AUGGGGGUCGGUGGGUACUUGCUGCUGCCCUGGAGGUUCUUCGUGGUCCUGUCUCUCAGGCUGCUGUUCCUUCUGCCCACAGGAGUGCCAGUGCGCAGCGGAGAUGCCACCUUCCCCAAAGCUAUGGACAACGUGACGGUCAGGCAAGGGGAGAGCGCCACUCUCAGGUGUACUGUAGAUGCCCGGGUCACAAGGGUAGCCUGGCUAAACCGCAGCACGAUCCUCUAUGCCGGAAAUGACAAGUGGUCCAUAGACCCCCGUGUGGUCAUCGUGGCCAACACUAAAACCCAGUACAGCAUCAUGAUCCAAGAUGUGGACGUGUAUGAUGAGGGCCCAUAUACCUGCUCUGUACAGACAGACAAUCAUCCGAAAACUUCGAGGGUUCACCUUAUAGUACAAGUUCCUCCCCAGAUUAUGAACAUCUCCUCAGACAUCACUGUGAAUGAGGGAAGUAGCGUGACCCUCCUGUGUCUUGCUAUUGGCAGACCGGAGCCCACCGUGACAUGGAGACACCUGUCAGUCAAGGAAGGUCAAGGCUUUGUGAGUGAGGAUGAGUAUCUGGAGAUCUCUGGCAUCACACGGGACCAGUCUGGGGAGUAUGAAUGCAGCGCCUUGAAUGAUGUUGCUGCUCCAGAUGUACGGAAAGUAAAAAUCACCGUAAACUAUCCUCCCUAUAUCUCAAAUGCCAAGAACACCGGGGUGUCAGUGGGUCAGAAGGGCAUUCUCAGAUGUGAAGCUUCUGCUGUCCCCUUGGCUGAAUUCCAGUGGUUCAAGGAGGAAACCAGGUUAGCCACUGGCCUGGAUGGAGUAAGAAUCGAGAAUAAAGGCCGCAUGUCCACACUGACUUUCUUCAAUGUUUCAGAAAAGGAUUAUGGGAACUAUACUUGUGUGGCAACAAACAAGCUUGGGAAUACAAAUGCCAGCAUCACAUUGUAUGAAAUAAGCCCAACAUCAGCAGUGGCAGGGCCUGGAGCAGUCAUUGAUGGGGUAAGCUCUGCCUCCAGAGCACUGGCAUGCCUCUGGCUAUCGGGGACCCUCUUUGUCCACUUCUUCAUCAAGUUUUGA